AGCAACUUCAAUGCAGUUGCGUCAGAGUUCGCAAGAGUGCUGCAGGUAAAAUCGGCUCUAAGAAGAAGCAAACGAACAUUUAAUUACGCGUUUCAUCAUCCAAUUUUUCCCUUUUGUUCUUUUUCCGUGGCCUUUUCGUUGGUACAUACAUAUUUUCCCGUAUACGUACACGGCACACAGUCGCACACACACCAGAGUGUGUAUAAAUAAUCCUAUAUACAGCAUUGUACCAGCCUACACAUAUUAUAUACAUCGCAAAAUUGCGACGUGUCUCGCGAAGAGAGAGAGGAAUCGACUCGAAAGAUCGCUCCCCCGGAUUUCGCAACACCGCCAUAAGGGCAGAGUUAUAUCGAGUAAUUAGCCACAAGGACGAGCAUCUCCGAGCUGCCAUCCUUACCGUACCCUGGAACAUUCGUCUUGGUGACGACCAUCAGUUGUGAGUAAAAGUUCACGAGGACUCGUCGCUGAAGAAGAAGUAGACGAAUAGCUUGGGAUCGCGGCCUAGCUCAGGGCUUCGAUCACGAAGACGAUCCAGCUGUUCUCGCGGUGCGAGCAUCCACGAGGGGGCCACGUCGGGUUUUCAAGCCAGCAAGCGGCCGUCCAGCAGGGCGCUACCAUUUUAUAUGACUUUUCUCCGACAACGAGUCGACGGGUUGUUAUCAUCGCGCCGUACCAUCGCUAGUACCACCACCAGCCCAAGUGACGUUAAGAUCACCGGCAAACAGAGAAACAACAUCAACGUCCUCUCGAGUGGAAGCAAGGAGGAGUGCGGGCAGUGCCAGUACCGUCGUUGUUCGCCGCUGUUUCUCUCGCAAGGUGCGGCGGAUAAUUAUAGCUUUGAUCGAAAGUAACAUUGAAUAAUUCGGUGCUGAUUAUAUUUAAAAAACGAAUGAAAAAGAAAUUUAAAAAAAUUAAUAUAUAACUUGUAAGCGUACGAAAAAGACUGCGACGUCAACGUCGACGUCGGCGCUGCCAUCGAGGUGAUCAGUGUCAGCUCCAACUCAGAUAACACACGUCAUCACCACGUUUCCGUCAACCCCGAAAAUUUUCAACAAAAAGCGUGAUCUUGAUUUUUCACUAGAACAGAUUCUCGGCUAAACAACUCCAAAAUGGGUAGCGUGAACGUUAAUCGCAGCGUCAGCGAUGCCUUUUAUCGCUACAAGAUGCCGCGCAUCCAAGCCAAAGUCGAAGGCAAAGGCAAUGGCAUCAAAACUGUCAUCGUGAACAUGGUCGAGGUAGCCAAGGCCAUAAGUCGCCCGGCUACCUACCCGACCAAGUUCUUUGGCUGUGAGCUCGGUGCUCAGACGCAGUUUGACUUUAAGAACGAGCGCUUUAUCGUCAACGGUAGCCACGAUGCGUCCAAGCUUCAGGAUCUGCUCGACGGCUUCAUCCGCAAGUACGUGCUCUGCCCGAAUUGCGAUAAUCCAGAGACCGAUCUUUUGGUUAACGCGAAGAAAGGUACCAUUUCGCAAUCCUGCAAAGCCUGUGGCCAUCACGGCGUGCUUGAGACCAACCACAAGCUCAAUACCUACAUCCUGAAGAAUCCGCCGUGUCUCGAUCCGGCUGCUCAGGGCAGAUCUCUUACCGAGGGCAAGCGCGGAAAGAGAUCCAAACGCGCUAAUGGCGAUACCUCGACCAACGGUGAUCGCUCCGGCUCUCCCGACAACGAUAACAACACUAGCACUACUGAUAUUGUCGUCGAGGUUCCCAAGAAGAUGGCUUCCAAGGACGAUGACGACGAUAGCAAUUGGGCUGUAGACGUGUCCGAAGAGGCCGUACGUGCUCGACUCCAAGAUCUAACGGAUGGCGCUAAGGGAAUGACGAUCAGCGAGGAUCUCGAAAAGAGUGAAAAGGAGCGCAUGGAUAUCUUCUACAAGCUCGUAAAGUGUCGUCUCGAUGCAGGUCAGAUCGACAACAAUCACAAAGAGCUCAUAACCGAGGCCGAACGGCUCGAAGUCAAGACCAAGGCACCACUCGUACUUGCCGAGUUGCUUUUCGAUCAGCACAUCGCCGGGCAGGUGAAAAAGUAUCGGCCACUUUUGUUACGCUUCACCCACGAGGACGUCAAGGCCCAGAAGUAUCUCAUUCGGGGUAUUGAGCAGAUAAUAGCUCUGCACAAGGACUCGCUUAUGACAAAGGUGCCUGGUAUUUUAAAGCUUUUCUACGAUUACGAUAUCUUGGAGGAGAAGGCUCUGUUGGACUGGGGCAGCAAGGUAAGCAAGAAGAAUCUUUCGAAAGACAUCGCUCAAGAGAUUCACGAUAAGGCUACACCUUUCCUCACAUGGCUCAAAGAGGCUGAAGAGGAAGAAUCAGAAUCUGAUGAGGAAGAUGAUGAUCUGGAGAUCGAGUAUGACGAUAGAGCACCUUUGAAGCAGCAAAAACAACAGAUAACUCAGAAAAAACCACUGGUUGAAGAUAAUUGUGAAGAUGGGGAUGACGUUGAUAUUGAUGCCAUUUAAAAUCAAAAAAAGCUGAUUUGCCAAAGCUAUUAAAAACGCAAGUUAACAUUGAUAAAACAUAGCGUCAAUAAAAUUUACUAUUUCGCAAAAGAAUAAAAAGAAACAAAAAAGAUACAAUGAGUCGCAAUGAAAAAAAAAAAA